AUGGAGGAGGAUGACGACUGGCUCAAUGAUGAGUCCGGGCAGUCGUAUAGACAUCAAGGUGGUGCCGCGGACCCACUGGUCGAUGCAGAGUGGAACCGGCUGGCGACACGGUAUAGCGAUGCUGGCUACAGGGAAGGAAUAACCGAUGGAAAGCUUGCGACACUCCAACAAGGCUUCGAUCAGGGUUUCAACAGCUCUGUUCUUGCUUCUAGGCGUCUUGGUCAAUUGAGAGGAAGAGCGAAUGGUCUCCUGUCGUUCCUUCUCAAAACAGACAUACCCGCUCAAAAUGGCUCCUCUUCCGCGGAUCCGGCUCGAGUCGACCUGACGAUUUCGAACGUGCGAGAGUUCGUACGACUACUAGGAAACGUCAAGAGGGAUGAUAUCCUCCCUUUAGAUACGGAAAGGCUGGAGCACGAACGGAACGAGCAUCCAGACCAGGAUCAUGCUUUCGAGUUUGAGCGAAACGAUAAGCGUGAUAUGGAGGGACUGGAAGAUGCUAUGAGGGCCGUCUCGUCUGGCGGGGACAUAGUCGGCCCAAGACCCGAGACGCGGAAGGAGAACACAGACUCGGCGAGAGAUGCGUCCUCACUGGAUGCCCUCGAAAGGCAACUGAUUCAGCUGGAAGCCGCCAUCAUCGGCGACCAUCAGAUUUGA